AUGUACACUCUGUGAAAGGUACAGUGCAUCGCUCGAACUUAUUUUAACGCACGUACAGUAGAACAAAUUCAUCACUUGGUGUUUCACUGUCGAUCGGGCACCUCAUUACAUCGACUCUCGUGUUUGGUUUCAUGAGUUGAAGUCACUGUAAAUCCACAGUCAUUUAUUCUAUUAUUCUCUGAGUAUUUUUGGGUUCAUCCAACUGAAACUAGACGAUAGCAUAGUUAUCGAUUGCCAACGGGGGCCCGUAGGAGCAUCAACGCAGCAGAAAGUGCAAUAAUUUGUGUAAAAAAAUUACUGCAAUUUAUUUUCUGUGAGAAUACCCAGAGAUAAUUUUUCACAAGCCUUCACCAGUCCUUUAUCAGUCCUUCCAGAGCCGUUCGAGGGGUGAAAUCCACUCUCAGUGAAGUAGAUAUUUUUUUAAGUGAGAAAAUAAUACUAAAAUGAAGGUGGGACUGUUGAAGAACUUUCUGCACUGCUUCAGCCUGAAGCAGGGGACAAUCCUGAUCGCAAUUUUGCAACUAUUCAUAUCCGGCAUUGUGAUGACAUUCUUCCUUCUCGCUCUGGCUCACGCGAUGGACAUUCAGGAAAUGGUAGCCAGGGAUUCUGAGGAUGCACUCGAGCGUGAGGCCUUGGAGGAAAUAUCCUCGAUGCACCUCAACACGAAACGAAUGGACAUUGCUCAUCACAAUGCCACUGAGAAAGUUUACUCCAUGUAUUGUGGACUUGUCAUCUCGGUGCUGCACUUUAUUUCCACCGUUUUACUGCUCUAUGGAGUUUUAAUCAAUAACCGACAUUUCAUGGCCCCGUGGCUGAUGAUCAUGAUGACGACUAUCAUCACACUCAUUUUGUCGCUAUUUCUCGUCCAACAAGACUGCCCGUUCAUCGCCAUCCUCGGGGGCAAGGCCGACAUUACUGACCGGCUGGUUGCAGGUAUCCUCGUCUUAUUCAUGGUCAGCAUAAGCCUGUACAUCUGGUUCGCAGUGUACAGCACCUACAAGAGUCUGGAGUCCAAGAAGACUGGUUUAAUUCACGAAAUAAAUCCCAUAAAGAAGCAAAAAUACGCACUAACUCCUGGUGAAGGUACGAGCAAUGGGAAAGUUCGUCUGCACCAGGGGACACAGAUUCCCUACGAAGUUUAAAUUUAUUCGUGUCAUCAAUAGCUCAAAAUCAUCGAUUACACAAAUGCCUCUUGACCAUUCGCCUGGGAGACAGCCUCGCAGGUUCAUUUUUCUCUCAAACAAGCAAGAAUUUUGCUUUCUUCAUCACAGACCGAUGACCACCAGCACCAGAGGAUCAUCAAGACGUCAGUGAGUUAUUUUCAUCGAGCAAGGGAUGGGAGUGAAAAAUGUGCGCAGAUUGGAGGAUAAAUGAAUGAGGAGACGAUGUUUUUUUUUGUCAGCGCACUUUUUUUGGAAACAAUAAUAAAUCUUUGAUACGCAGAGCAAGACUUGUAAUCACGCACGUAGGCAUAUUUAGAGGAACGAUAAUAUUUGUAAAAGAAAUGUGUCAUUGCGGAUUAGCUACUGAACAAUCAUUUACACUAAGAUGAAGAAUUUAUUCAUUAUUUUUAAGUAAUGAAGGGAGAAUGUGUUCUUUCGGUAUUUUGUAUGAUUAAAAAACACGUAGGUUUAAGGUUAUUUUCACGUGAUAAAAUGAAUUUGUAACACACAAGUUAUGGUACAAUGAUUCGUAACGUUUUAUAGAUUUUAAUCGUUUAUUUUUUUAAUAUAUUCGUUUUUUAUAUUGAAAAUUCUAGGCAAGAUGGCUGAUAGUUUCUUCGUUAAUUCAGUGGAUUAGGUUUAGGUGAAAUUUUUUCAUUCGAAACACUGCAAUGUUUCUUUUAUAUCGGUUAGAAGUGAUUAUGUCUCACCAAACUCAUGGCAAUUACCGCAUUCAUAGAGUAGUCACUUCCUCCUAUGUAUGUGUAUUAUGAGUGUGCGAUUAAACUAUUAAUAAAGCUUGAA